AUGCGAGGUUACUUUAGAAGAUGGCUCUUCUUUUAUCUACACAGCAGUUUAUGCACAAACGACUUGGAUGAGAGAAAGGAGUUAUGGCAAUCAUUGCAAGACUCUUAUAUCUCCUUCAAUCUGGCAAAUAGACCAUGGAUGGUCAGUGGAGACUUCAAUGAGAUACUAUCUCCUCAGGAAUCGUCAAAUACUGGGUUUCUAAACUCAACUAGUGCGAUGAGACAAUUUGGUGCUUGCUUAGCCGAUAUGGGGCUCUUUGAUAUGGCUUGCCACGGACCUGAGUAUACUUGGUCAAACCAUCGCCCUUUGGACCCGAUCUCCAAGAAACUUGACAGAUGUCUGAUCAACGACAAAUGGCUGCUCCUUUUCCCAUCCUCGCACUGCACCUUUGAAGCUCCGGAAUUCUCCGAUCAUGCUCCUGGUCAUGUUAAAUUGUUUACUCCGCCACCACAGUUUGGAACUCGGCCAUUUCGUUUCUUCAACUUUGUGGCGACUCUACCUUCCUUUAUGGAGUGUGUUAAAGUGGCGUGGGAGGCUUCAAAUCCGCCUGCUUUGAAUCUAAAAUCUCUGGGUUUCAAGCUGAAAUCUUUAAAGCGACCGCUGAAAUCUUUGUGCAAGGAUAAGUUCAGUAACCUAGAACUGAGAGUUAUUGAAGCAAAUGAUGAACUAAAGAGCAUUCAGUUACAGGUACUGAAUGUGCCUACUCCGGCAAAUCUUCAGUUAGAGCGAACCACAAGAGAUAAUUGGAUGACUCUUCGCCGGGCAGAGGAAAGCUUUUUUAGGCAGCGAUCGAGAAUUAAAUGGUUAGGCGAGGGUGACUUUGAUACUCGAUUCUUCCACCUAGUUACCAAAGCAAGGAAUGCAUCGAAUGCAAUUAAAUACUUGAAGAAGGCUGAUGGAACCAGAACGACAACGCCAAAGGAAGUCCACCUUCAGGUUCAGUCAUAUUAUGAGGGGAUCUACAACAACUUAAAAGGUGACUACAAUCCCUUUUUACCAAUUAUUCUUGACAGAAUAAUUACCCAUCAUUGCUCUCUCGCUCAGCAAAUGGUUUUGAAGAGGGUUGUUUCUUCGGAUUGCAUUACAACCUCGCUGUUCAAAAUGCCUUUGAACAAAACCCCAGGACCUGAUGGCUUCCCGGUUGAGUUCUUCAAAGCUAGUUGGGCAAUCAUUGGUCCAGAGGUUAUUUGUACGGUUAAAGAGUUUUUUGCUUCAGCUUUCAUGCCAAAAUCUCUGAAUUCAACGAACUUGGUGUUGAUACCAAAACGUAGAGGUGCAGAUGAGCUUCAAGACUUUAGACCCAUUUCUUGUCUGAACACUCUCUACAAGCUCAUUACACGUUUGAUCUCGGACAGGCUGAAAAGUAUAUUACCAGAGAUCAUCUUGCCUAACCAGACAGCGUUUAUAAGGGAUAGACUCCUGCUGGAGAACGUGCUAUUAGCGGCAGAGGUUAUAAAUGGCUAUCACCGUAAGGAUUUAUCUCCGAGAAUUACGCUAAAAAUCGAUAUAGCUAAAGCUUUUGAUUCUAUGCGGUGGGAUUUCAUUCUCGCAUGUCUCACGGCCUAUAGACUGCCGAGGGAGCUAAUUGGCUGGGUAAAAACCUGUAUCUCUUCCCCGGUGUUCUCGGUGAGUAUAAAUGGUCUAACUUCAGGCUAUUUUAAAGGAAGGACAGGUCUGCGUCAAGGAGAUCCCCUCUCCCCGAUCCUAUUUGUGAUGGCUAUGAAUGUCCUUUCCCUGAUGUUAAACAGAGCAGCGAUUGAUGGUAUCUUUAACUAUCACCCAGGCUGCAAGGACGUACAACUAACACAUCUGUCAUUCGCAGAUGACUUGUUGAUCUUUGUGGAUGGCUCUAGUCAAUUGGUAGCCGGAGUCUUCACGGUUUUAUCGCAGUUUGAGAAGAUGUCAGGUUUGGCAGUCAAUAUCUCUAAAACAUCUUUGUUCUGCUCCGGGGUUUCAGAUACAACCUUGCUUGAUUUAAGCAAUCGUUUUUCCCUUACCCCUGGCUCCCUACCAAUUCGCUAUUUGGGUCUCCCUCUUUGCUCCAAAAAACUGUCAGUGUCUGACUGUGACCCUCUCAUUUCCAAGAUCAGAAUGAAAAUGAACAGUUGGAUGCAUCGUCCUUUAAGCCUAGCUGGUAGACUUAGAUUACUGUCAUCAAUUAUCUCAGGCUUGAUUGGGUUUUGGACUCAAGCUUUUUUCCUGCCAAAAGCGGUGAUAAAGAAAAUAAACGCUUUAUGCAGUUCCUUUCUUUGGCAUGGAAAGUUAGACAACCCGACAUGA